CGUGAUAGCUGGCAGCUACAUCACUAUUCAUUUUAUUUUGGACUUCGAACUCGAAGUUAGAUUUUAUUUUGUUUUUGCUAAAAGUGAUUUAAAUUCUCUAAUAUUUAAAUAUGUCUCGCGUUUUGGUCGGAGUUAAGAGAGUUAUCGACUAUGCUGUCAAGGUCCGUGUGAAGCCUGACAAGUCUGGGGUGGUGACCGAUGGAGUGAAGCACUCCAUGAACCCAUUCGACGAGAUCGCGGUGGAGGAGGCGGUCCGCAUGAAGGAGAAGAAGCUAGCCAGCGAGGUUAUUGCCGUCUCCUGCGGACCCACACAAGCCCAGGAAACCUUAAGGACAGCCCUGGCCAUGGGCGCUGACCGCGCCAUCCAUGUGGAGGUCGCCGGUGCCCAGUACGAGACUCUGCAGCCCCUGCAUGUGGCCAAGAUCCUCGCCAAACUAUCCCAGGAUGAGAAGGCUGACAUUGUCAUAGUUGGAAAACAGGCUAUUGAUGACGAUUCUAAUCAGACUGCCCAAAUGACGGCCGCCAUUUUGGAUUGGCCCCAGGGCACAUUCGCUUCAAAGGUGGAGAAAACCGAUGCGGGCCUGACGGUGACGCGCGAAAUUGACGGCGGCUUGGAGGUGAUCAAGACGAAGCUGCCGGCCGUCAUCAGUGCGGACCUGCGGCUCAACGAGCCCAGAUACGCCACGCUGCCUAAUAUCAUGAAAGCUAAAAAGAAGCCCCUCAAGAAAGUAACCCCCAAGGACCUGGGUGUCGACAUUUCGCCGAGGAUCAAGGUGGUGUCCGUGGAGGACCCGCCCGUGCGCCAGGCCGGCUCCGUGCUGCCCGACGUAGACACGCUCGUCGCCAAGCUGAAGGAGAGCGGACACGUCUAGCCAGUACUAACGUUGCACCUCGAUCGUACC